AUGUUCUUGGUUCUUAUCAUCAUCACUAUUUUCAUCAUCAUCAUCUUCCUUUCUUCUUCUUCUUCUUCUUCUUCUUCUUCUUCUUCAUCAUCUUUUACUUCUUUUUCUUCUUCCUUUCUUAUUUUUUCGCUCAAUUCUUCUUUGCUUUUUCUUUUUUCCACCCAAUUCUUCUUCUUUUUCUUCCUUCUUUUUUCACCCAAUCCUUUUUCUUGCUUAUCUUUCUUCACUAUUCACCAAACUUUUUCUUCCUUUUUCUUCCUUUUUCUUUCUUCUUUUCCCCAGUUCUUCUUCUUCUCUUUCUUCUUUUUCACCCAAUUUAGCCAAAUUCUUCUUCCCUUCCUUUCUUAUUUUUUGGCCCAAUUCUUCUUUGUCCCUUUCUUUCUUCUUUUUCGCCCAAUUAUUUUAUUCUCUUUUUCUUUUUUCACCCAAUUCUUCUUCCUUUCUUUUUUUUAUUUUAUGACCCAGUUCUUCUUUUACCCUUUCUUCCUUCUUUUUCACUCAAUUUUUCUUCACAUUUCCUUCUCCUUUCCCCCAGUUCUUCUUCCCUUUCUUUCUUCUUUUCGUCUAAUUUAUCUUCUUCCUUUUAUCGUUUAUUUUCAUCCAAUUUUCUUCUUCCUUUCUUUUCUUUUUUGUACUGCUCCUCCUCUUCCCUUUCUUUAUCAAUUCGUAUUCCUCCUCUUCUCAGUUUUCUACUGCCUCAUUCUUCUUUUCAUGUUUCUCUUCUUCUUCUUCUUCUUCUUCUUCUUCUUCCACAUUUUAACAUUUUCUAGUUUCAUGUACCAUUUCUUUCUUCAUUCCUCUCCAUUUUUCUCCUCUUCCUUCUCUCAAUCAUGUUGUUUUUCGUCCUUCUUUCCUUCCAUUUUGUUUCACCUAAUCCAUCUUCUUUUCCCUCCUUUCAAAAUUUUCUUUUUUCUCUUCUUCCUUCUUUUCCUCUUCGUUUUACUCCACCACUUCUUUCUGCUUAUAUUAUUUUUCGCCUUUCUUUUUUUCUACUUUUUCAACAGAAUCUUCUUUUUCCUUCUUCUUUUUACCACCUCCUAUUACUACUACUACUCCUCCUCCUUCUUCUUCUUCUUCUUCUCUUUUCUUUUUUCUCUUCUUCAUCUUUUUCUCCACUUCUUCUUCUUUUUCUUAUUCUUCGUUUCAACAUUUUCUUCUGUCCUUUAUCCCUUACUUUCUUUUUUCCUCUUCGUUUUCCUCCACUUCUUCUUCUUCUUGCUCAUAUUCUUCUUCGUCUUUCUUUUCUUCUACUUUUUCACCAGAAUCUUCUUUUUCUCCUUCUUUUUCACCACCACCUCCUCCUUUUUUCUUAUCUUUUCUUCUUUUUCUUCAUCUUUUUCUCCUCCUCCUCCUCCUUCUUCUUCUUCUUCAUUUCAAUAUUUUCUUCUUUCUUUUUGGCCAUUACUCCUGUUUUUUCUCUUCGUUUUUCUCUACCUCUUCUUCUUGCUCAUAUUUUUCUUUUUUUUCACGAGAAUCUUUUCUUCUUUUUUCUUUUUCUCUUACUCCUACCCUCCUCCUCCUCCUCCUUCUUCUUCUUUGCCUCCCCUUUCCUAUUCUUUGCCCUUAUCCCAUUUUUCCACUCGAUUCUUUCUCUUCUUCUAA